AAUGACCGUCCGAGUGGAAGUAGUUCGCAGAAAUGGCGUUCUUCUUCCAGCUUAUGACAAUUUUUCUUCUGUUUCCUGUUAUCCACAGUCAAGUUUGUGAACCAAUAGAUUAUGAAAUAUCUACACUAACCUCUGCACAAUUCUGGUGGUUUGAAAUAGAUCCAAGUUAUUGCUCAACCAGCAAAGUUCUAUCUGAUCCUAAUAAUUCUGCCAAAGGCCUCCAAGCAAAUGUUUCCAGUACAAGCUGUAUGAUCAUAUUCAGUGUUUGUAAGGAGUUGCCCAUCUUGUGCCCUGAUCAGGGGGCAUGCAAGAUCAAGGGAAUCAACUCUAGUUUCCAAUAUAUCUCAUGGCCUGUUAGUCUUGGGUCAAUGGACUAUGAAGGGUUCAAGUUUGUCACAGGUAAUAAAUUUUUAAGCUUUGAAUAUCAUGAUGGAGACAAGAUGAGCUGCAAAACGAGCAAGGGGGAGCAACAGCCUUUAAAAACACUGAUAACUUUGAAUUGCAAAGAUGAUGCAAAAUGGAAUGCAACAGCAAAGAAGGAAAUGCCGUUUGCUGGUGGUGCAAAAGCGCCAACUGGGAGCAUUUCAUUUAAUAAACAGGAGUGUAUGUAUAAACUCUCCUUCAAUUCCUCUGAGGGAUGUCCACAUCAUAGGGGAACCAAAGGACACACCCUUAGUACUGGAUCAAUUCUACUGAUACUAUUUUUCCCAAGUGUUUUCUUAUAUUGUGUCAUUGGUGGUUUGAUUAACGCCGGCCGCAAGAAGAGCGGAACUGAUCUGAUUCCCAAUUACAACUUCUGGAAAGACCUACCCUAUCUAGUACUGGAUGGUUUUGGGUUUGCGAUUUCCAUCAUCACCUGCAAGAAAGCGACAACGACCUCUAUACACCGGCCCAACUCCUAUGAGACAAUGUAGACUUUAUCGGAAGGAUCAUUUAUUAUAGAUUCUGUUAUUAGUCAUUAUAGUCAAUCUAUCAAAGUUUUGGAAAUCAAAUUCACUCAUCUAGCUAUAUCAUAGGGAGGGGAGGGGGGAGGCUUGGGAAUUGGCAGUAAAUUUUUUUUUUUACCGGUUGAAGCCUACCCCCUUUAACUCAGUAAGAAAAAGAAAAGUUUGACCCUCCAAAACAAUUCAAACUUUUAGRGAUUACCCUCCCCCGAUAAAAAACCUAUUUUCCAUUAGAACGUAGGUUUCAUUUAGUCUCUUAUACACUAGCAGAGAGGAUUAUAGUCUCUUAUACUGGAGUAAGCGUUGCGUGACAACACUAUUAAAUAGCGGCUGCGUACGAGACUAAAAGGACUAGUCAUUGAACUAGAGUGUUUUUACUUGGCCCGUGAAAAAAAGUGUACUAACAAGUGACAACAGUCAAAGUAUGCUUACUAUUUUUUACACUUAAAAGUGUUUUCUAAGCAAUAUUUUCAAUUUGAAAGUCAAAAGUUUUCUUACAACCAAAAAAAAUCUUUUCUCUAACAAUAGUGUCCUAGUUUAAUUUGUUGAACAGUUUUGUUUGUGAUAUAGAAAUUAUAUGUACGAUCUAGUCCAAAGUGAUUCGGAGGGGUGCAGAGAUGGAUAGGAGAGGUAUCUUCAAGGGCGGAUCCAGGGGGAUGCCCUGUGGUACACCCGACACCCCCUAAUGUCGUCAUUACUAAUACGCUUUUUUACAAGCAAAAGAAACAUUUACGAUGCAUAAUAUCUCUAAAUACAUUCUAGUUUUAAUUUCGCACACCCCCUAACAAAUUCCGGGAUCCUGCUAUGCCCUUUAGUGUAAUUCUUCCAAUCCCGGCCCUAGUGUACAUGGUACUAUAAAGAAUGAAUAUUAUAGAUUAUUAUAGGAAGUUUUCCAGAAAUUAUAAUUUUGAUGGUCUGUUAUUUUUAUCAAAAUAAAACUUGUUUCAGACAUUUGAAA